AUGAAAGUGGCGUUCCAUGAAUUCCUGGACCCUACUGUACAGGGCCUGAAAGAAGAACUACUGGAGGUGGUAGUGGUAAAUAACACCAAUCCUCAAACCAAAACGGAUUGGAUCUACUUCAAACAACAUCGGAUGGCUGAAAUGAUGAUUGCAGCAAACCAAUGGGCUGCUAGGCGCAACAAUGAGACGACCUGGUUCCCAACACAAUGGAGUUCAAUACGACUAGAUGCCGGCCCGCCAAACUCUACCGAACGGAUCUCACAUCCAACGGGUAGAGAGCCAUUGCUGGGUGGAAAACCAGGAAUGAUGAACUUUAGCUUACCAAAUGAUCCCCCGGUUACUUGGACAGAGGAUGGAAGACAACUCAGGAAAUCUGACGAUGUCUCAAAUGUAGAAGCCCAGAGCAUUAUGCCAACAAUUGUCCAAACGGCGGAAACACAAGGAACAAUAUUAGAGGGUCCCCAAACCCCCAUGAUUGGAAUGUUAAUUGAUACCGGGGCUACUGGGAGACAUGUGCAGCCGGCCUGUCCAUUAUACCACCUAUUCCCCAAGAAACAAUAUCAUGAACCGCGAAAAAUCAGGUUCCUUGAUGGAACUACCGCCACCUUAGUAACCAAAUAUGUGGAAGCCAAACUGGAUUUGGGAAAAGGGCUCAAGAUAGCAACUUGA